AUGUCCGACGUUGAAAAGACUAUCGGUUCUUCGGAAAAGAACGUCGACUACCUUAGGGAUGACUCCCUGGAACUCGUACCUCAACAUGAGGUGAAGAGAAACUUGAAGGCCAGGCACAUUUCUAUGAUUGCCUUGGGUGGUACUAUCGGUACUGGUCUUUUCAUUUCCUCCAAGAAUGCCCUUUCGGCUGGCCCAGUGUUGGCACUCAUUUCCUACAUUUUCAUUACGACCUUGGCCUGGUCCGUUACUCAGAGUUUGGGUGAAAUGGCUACCUACAUUCCUUGUUCGGGUUCUUUCACUCAGUUCUGUACCAGAUUCUGUUCCCCUGCGUUGGGUGUGGCCAAUGGCUGGAACUAUUGGUUCUCCUGGGCCAUUACUUUUGCUCUUGAGCUUUCUGUGGUUGGUCAGAUUAUCCAGUUCUGGACCGACGCUGUGCCCUUGGCUGCAUGGAUUUCCAUCUUCUUCGUGCUCAUCACCGUCUUCAACAUGUUCCCUGUGAAGUACUACGGUGAGUUCGAGUUUUGGAUCGCUUCCCUUAAGAUCAUUGCCGUUGUCGGAUGGCUCAUUUACGCUCUUUGCAUGGUCUGCGGUGCCGGCCAAACCGGCCCUGUGGGCUUCAGAUACUGGCGUAACCCUGGUCCUUGGGGUAGCGGCCAGGGCUUGGUCGACAAUCUCGACACUGACAGAUUCUUGGCCUGGUUGUCUUCCCUCAUCUCCGCUCUCUUCACCUUCCAGGGUGUCGAGUUGGUUGGUAUCUCUUGUGGUGAGUCUCACAACCCAAGAAAGGCUGUGCCUUCUGCCAUCCGUAAGGUUAUCUGGCGUAUUAUCAUCUUUUACAUCUUGUCGAUGUUCUUCAUGGGUUUGUUGAUUCCAUACAACGAUCCAAAGUUGCAGUCUGACGAAUACUUCGCUGCUUCUUCUCCAUUCAUUGUCGCUAUGCACAACUCCGGUACCGACAUUUUGCCCAGCAUCUUCAACGCCGUCAUUUUGGUGGCCAUCAUCUCGGCUGGUAACUCCAACGUCUACUGUGGCUCCAGAAUCUUGUACGGGUUGGCCCAUGUUGGUGCUGCUCCAAAGUGGUUUAAGCUCGCUACUCCACUGGGUAUCCCAUACGUGGCUGUUCUUUUCACUGCAGCUUUCGGUGCCUUGGGUUACCUUGUUCUUGACAACAGUGGUAACGAGGUCUUCGACUGGUUGUUGAACAUUACCGCUGUCGCUGGUCUUAUUGCCUGGGUCAACAUCUCCUUCUCUCACAUGAGAUUUAUGUGGAUCCUCAAGAAGAGAAACAUGUCCAGAGACAUGUUGCCAUACAAGGCCUGGGGUAUGCCAUACGUUGCUUACUACGCCUUCAUCUUGGGCUUCCUCCUUGUCUUUGUGCAAGGUUACGAGUCUUUCUUUAGCAUCACUGCUAGCAAGUUCUUCACUGCCUACAUCUCAGUCAUUCUUUUCUUUGCUGUGUGGCUUGUUGCUCACUUCUACUUCAACGGUUUCACUAAACAUGCUUUCACACUCCGUGCUUGGCUCAUACCAUUGGACGAGUGUGAUAUUGACACUGGUGUUAGAGAGAUCGAGGAGAUGGUGUGGGACGACGCUCCACCACAGAACCUCUGGGAGAAGUUCUGGGACAUUUUGUCUUAG